CUUUCCACAGCGGUCAAUAGGACGCAGUGGUAGCAUGAGAUAGGCACACAGGGACUGCACGGAUACCCAGGCACGCUGCCUCUGCUGCAGUCACAGGCGGCCUCUGCGCGCCCCGGCGCAAGCACACUGCCCUCGAAAGCAACCGUGCCAUGCCGUCCCCCGUCCCCCAAUACACAGCCGGCGAGCCCUGCCCAUCUGUCAAUCCGCGCCCAUCCGACGGUGGAGAGCAGCUCUCCGGCCCCUGCCUUCCUCGCGGGUCGCGGCUUUGAAGAAAGCUUUCUCCGUUUCUCCGGUUUCCACGCGCGCUCUCGGUCUCGGCUCUCGCUUCGCCAAUCGCCACUGGGGAGUGCGUGCCUGCUCUAGUGCUCUGCGUCCACGGGCAUGGACGCCGCUGCCCUCUUCUUCUCUCACCUCCUCCCCAUCGUCGUCGUCGCGGCCAUCGCGGGCGCGGCGCCACUGGACCCGCAGCAGCUGCUGGCGCUGCGCGCGCUCGGCCUGGGCGCGCACCCGCGCGCCGACCCCUGCGGCGCGGCCGCCGUUGUGGCCGCCGUGAACGCUUCCUGCGACGCGGGGGAGCCCUUCCGGCGUGUCACGUCGCUCGCCCUCACAAACUGCUCCGACACCACCUCCGUCUCGGCGGCGGCGCUCGAGGCGCUCGCGCCGUCACUCCGGGCGCUGGCGUUCUCCGACUGCCCGGCCGCGCCGCCGCGAGCUCUGCCCCCGGAGCAGCUGGCGUCCGGGCUCCGGGCAUUCUCCUGCACCGCCUCGCUCCACCGCCUCUCCGCCGUGUGGCUCUCCCACCUCACCAAUCUCACGGAGCUCGCCGUCGCGGACACGCCCCUCGCCACGGGCUCCCCCACUGAGCUCGCAGUCGUCGUCUCCCACAUGGAGCACCUCACCCGGCUCACCGUCUCCAACGCCAACCUCUCUGGCUUCCUCCCGCACCACUGGCAUUGCCCCAACCUCACCCACCUCGACCUGUCUGGCAACCGCAUCACCGGCGCCAUCCCGGAUACCCUGACGCUCCUCGCCGGCAUCACCCACAUCAACCUCAGCUCCAACGCUCUCGAUGGGCCCAUCCCCACCUCCAUCGGCGAUCUCAUCUCGCUCACCGCCCUGGACCUGUCCAAUAACAGACUCUCCGGCGGCAUCCCCGACACGCUCUCUACGCUGCCGGAGCUGGAGGUGCUCGACUUGGGCUCCAACCGGCUCAACGGCAGCAUACCGCCGUUCCUGGCCGAGAUGCAUGGGCUGAGGGAGCUCAACCUCGAGAACAACGACUUCGACGGCAUGGUUCCGUUCACCGCCAAGUUCCUGUCCAGGCUGCGCGUGUUCAGGGCCGCCGGGAACGGCAAGCUGUGCUACAACCGGUCCGUGCUGCCCGCUGAGCUCGCCAUGAGCGUGGCUCCGUGCGACAAGUACGGGUUCCCGGUGCUGCCGCCCCCGGCCACGGCGCGGUCGGAGCGAAGCGCGGACUACGACGACGGCGGCGGGGACGGAGAGGCGGACGGCGGCGCCGACACGAGGGGUGGGCCCAGCGCCACGGUGCUCGGGGUGGCCAUCGGGCUAUCCUGCCUGGCGUUCCUUAUCAUCUUGCUCGUUUGCAUCUGCAAGGUGUGCCGCUGAGGCCCGGCGCUGCCUCUGUUGCAUGUCUUUUUGCUGAGUUCGUUAAUCAGUUCUGCUGUUGCCCAUUGGGAUUGGAAGUGACGUGGAAAAUGUAUGGAGUACUGGUAGCUAGGGCUUAAUUUAUUCACCUGUAAUUUUUUGGCGCCGUUCUUCGCUCUUGUUCGUGUUUCAGCCUUGAAGAUGCGAAGAACAGCUUUAUACAGAAGGAGCUUUUGGACCAGGUUAUGACGAAUGUUUUGGGUAUGUGUUCUUAAAAACAACAUAUGGAAUGUCAAAAUCCACAAGAACAA